CGUCAAAGUCACGGUCAAUGCCACAAGAAGUAAGUUCAUCAGUACUAAGUGGAAGAAAGCGUUAAACAUACCUUCCAACAUUACCAUAACAUGAAUAACCGUGUAUUUUUACUGUGUGUGAUAUUUGGAACAGUAACUAGUGCAAUUGCCCAAAAUUCAUAUUAUUAUCUGAAACGAUGUCGAAGAACGGAUCCGCAAAUAAACGCUUGCUUGCAAAAAUCGGCAAAUACCUUUAUAGCGUACAUGAACCAUGGAAUACCCGAAUUGAGGCUGGCGGAACCCGAGCCCCUUGUCAUUGAUGAAAUUGGAAUUGCGUUGGGUAAUGGACCAAAUGGAUAUCGCGCCACGUUUAGGGAUAUUAACGCUUUCGGAGUCAGUAAUAUGACUAUUACUGCUGUAAGGUCCGAUUUGGAUUCGCAUCAGUUUCAAUUCACGUUGUUCAUCCCACACAUUUCGGCGAGGGCUAAGUAUGUGAGCUCCGGAGUUUUGAUUUUAGUUCAGGCAUCUGGCGGGGGAGAUUAUUGGGGAGAAUACGAUGGAGUUAGGGCAAAAGUAUACGUAAAGGCUCAACCGGUGACAAGGCAAGGAAGACAGCACCUCACCUUGCAACAAAUAAAAAUGGACUUUAGUGUGAAAGAGAUACAGAUGGGCGUAACACAAGUCCACAAUGGAAACGCAGUUUUGGAGGCAGCUCUAAAUUUAUUUAUUAACUCAAACGCACAAGAACUACUUAAAGAGAUGAAACCCGAUUUGAAAAAGAAACUGACGCACUUGCUCUGGGGUUUUAUGGAGAACACGUUUGAGAGCAUUCCUUACGACGAGUGGAUUAUUUAGUUUAACGGAUUUUUUUUACCAGGGAUCAGAAGAAUAAUUUAUUUAUGGACUGAUUAUUAAGUUUUACUGAAGAUUACCUUAAUUUAACUUAGUUAGGAGUAGGUUAUUUCAUGUUAAAGAAUAUUUAAUAAAUUGUCACUGAUUAACAGUUAUAACAAUUUGGUGUAAUAUAAAUAAUUAUGAAUAAGUUUAGUGAACGUAUGAUGAUGACACACCACUGGAAUCAAACAGGUGCAGAAACCUAAACACAUUCGUGACGUGACGAAAACGUCCAAAAAUAAUCAGGUAUUUUUUUGUUAAAUUCAGUUUAUUAAUAUAAAUACAAAUUGAAUUAUGUACAUAAA